GGAAGAUCAGUUUAUCUUCUCGCAGAUCUCUCGCCAAAGUGCGUCUGCCAUGGCGCCCAAGACCGUGGUGGUGGGUGGAGGCAUUGGAGGCUGUGCUGCUGCCAUUGCGCUCCACCGUGCUGGGGCGGAUGUGACUGUCUACGAGGCGGCGCCGGAGCUGAAAGAGCUGGGCGCGGGCAUCAAUAUCCAGGCGGUCGCGGUGGGUGUGUUGCUGGAUCUGGGCAUCCCACUCGAGAAGUUUCAUGGUGAGGAAGGAGACUGCAUCCUGACCGGUGCAGUGGAGUACUUGACCCCUGAAGGGUUUUUCAUCGCCUCGGAGGCUGUAGGGCUGAAGGCUGGGGCUCCGCACCCGCAGCUGUCGGCGCAUCGGGCAAAGUUCCACAAUGUGCUGGUCACGGAGUGCCGACGCCUACUGGGCGAGGAGCGGCUAGUGCUCAGCAGCCGCUUUUUGCAGCUGGAGCGAGCCGAGGAUGGUCAAGUCGUGCUUCACUUUGAGAACAGCACCACCAAGGAGAAGCUUCCACCGGUACGCUGCGACUUCGUGGUGGGGGCGGAUGGCCUCAAGAGCCGCGUCAGGGGGCAGCUGCUGGGGGACGGAGCACCCAGG